AUGCCAAAGUUUAUGAAGAAGUUCGAUGCUGACGGAGAUGGAAAAAUUACCGAAGAAGAAUUUCUUCGCGUUGUCUGCAAGCUCCCAGAACAGGAACUAAAAAUGGCGUUUUGGCGCAAUGUCUUCGAUGAUGUGGACAAGGACAAGUCGGGAAGAAUUUCGUGUGUGGAAUUGCACGGCCUACUGCAGGACAUGGGAUUCUCUGUGGAAUUGGGGGAAUUGCGUAAGUGGAUCCAGAAUCAUGAUAAGAACAGUGAUGGUGAGAUGGACUUCAAGGAAUUCGUUGAAUUUAUGUCGGAUGCUUCUCAUUAG